AUGUCUCUUCAACUUUCAGCAGUGCCAACUUCAAUCAAAGUUGCUAAGCAAGAUACAAAUCGGCGCUCAGCAAAUUUUCAUCCUAGCAUUUGGGGGGAUCAUUUCCUCUCUUAUGCUAGUAACUCUGUGGAAGCUGCUGAUGAGAAAAAGUUACAAGAUCUAAAGGAAGAAAUUAAGAGAAUCCUAAAGGCUAAUGUUAACAAGCCGGCAGAGAAACUUGACCUGGUUGACAGAAUCCAGAGGUUAGGCGUGUCCUACCAUUUUCAAACUGACAUUGAUCAAAUCUUAGAGAAAGCCUACGAGGCUCAUCAAGACAGUGGUCUGAAAGAUGAGAAUGAUUACUUGUAUUCCAUCUCUCUUGAAUUUCGAUUACUGAGACAACAUGGUUAUAACAUAUCCUGUGAUGUUUUCAACAAUUUGAAGGACAUCAAUGGGAACUUUAAGAAAUCUCUUGUGAAAGACAUUCGAGGAAUGUUAAGCUUAUAUGAAGCUACACAUCUCAGGGUGCAUGGUGAAAGUAUACUGGAUGAAGCGCUUGCUUUCACCACCACUUAUCUUGAACCAGUAGCAACCCAAUUCAGCUCUCCACUUGCAGCACAAGUUAAUAAUGCCUUAAAUCGACCUCUUCGCAAAAGCUUACCAAGGCUAGGAGCAAGAUACUACAUGCCUAUCUAUCAAGACGAUCAUUUGCACGAUGAAAUUCUAUUAAAAUUUGCAAAAUUAGAUUUUAAUAUGUCACAGAAAGUUCACCAGAAGGAACUCAGUGAUAUCACAAGGUGGUGGAAAACUUUAGAUGUUGAGAAUAAUCUACCUUUUGUAAGAGACAGAGUGGUAGAGUUAUACUUUUGGACACUGGGAGUGUAUUUUGAACCUGAUUAUGGGUUGGCUAGGAGGUUUCUAACCAAAGUGACCGCUAUGUGUUCCAUUACUGAUGACAUCUAUGAUGCAUGUGGUACAAUUGAAGAACUUGAACUUUUCACCACUGCAAUUGAGAGAUGGGAUAUCAAUGCUAUGGAACCACUGCCAGAGUAUAUGAAAAUUGCUUACAGGGCUCUCCUUGAUGUUUAUGAUGAAAUUGAGAAAGAUAUGGUCAACCAAGGAAGAUUGUACCGCCUUGAUUAUGCAAAAGAAGCGAUGAAGAUAUUGGUGAGGAAUUAUAACAUGGAAGCUAGAUGGUGCAACCAAAACUAUGUACCAACAAUGGAAGAGUACUUUUCUGUUGCAUUACCUAGCUGUGGCUACUUAACAUUAGCAGCCACAUCAUUUUUGGGUAUGGGAGAUAUAGUAACCAAAGAAUCGUUUGAAUGGGUACUCAGCAACCCUAAAAUCGUUAAGGCCUCAUCAAUAAUUUGCAGACUCAUGGAUGACACAGCAGGUCACAAGGAUGAGCAACAGAGACAGCAUGUUGCCUCAGCAGUUGAAUGCUACAUGAAGCAUCACGGUACUUCAGAGGAAGAGGUAGUUAAAUUAUUCGGCGAACAAGUUAAGAAUGCUUGGAAAGAUAUAAAUGAGGAAUUUAUUAAACCAACUACUGUUCCAAUGCCUCUGCUCGAACGGGUUCUUAAUCUUGCUCGCGUAAUGGAUCUCCUAUACAAGGAAGCUGAUUGCUACACCAAUUCUCAUUUGAUGAAGGACCAUGUUGCCUCAUUGCUUAGGGACCCUGUACAGCUCUGAAGAUUAUUCCAGAGCUGAAUAAUACUCCAUUUGGUCCACCCCAAUUUCACAGGGGAUAAGUAAUAUAUGGUUUUUAAUGGUACCAAAUAAAUAAUUUCCCCAAUAAUUUGGUCUACCUCAAUUUCAUAGGGGAUAAAUAAUAUAUAUAUACAUGGUUUUUAAU